CUUCUAGUAUUUCCUAUUGGAAGUCCGCGAGAAAGGUAUCGUGACCUCGAACCUCGACAGGCCGAAACGGUGCUCCCUCGAGCUCCUGUGGAAGGAAAUUAACGACGAAUGACGUCGCGCGGAAAUCCUCCCGACACGGACCACCCACCCUGCACCCCAUCUGAGUGACAUACACCAACGUCCAGAUGGUGGAGCCGGCGCCGACGCACCUGCUAUCGCGAUCGCAGUCCGCUCCUCUCGAAGAAUCGGCAAACGAUGAAAAGCGUGCUUUCGAUCGCAAGGCGUUGCAGGAGCUGGAUGGCACAGCUUUUCACGAAGUCCUCGACCAGGAUCCUCGACCCACCUUCGUACUCGAUUUAGACUCUGAUCAUCUCGACUACAGCGAGACUAAAACAGCCAUUCGGCCGAUAUUCUGCAAUGCGGCCCUACGACUACACGACCAGUUGCUGGAUAAAAUAACGGGCUCGGGUCCAAAGAGCGACCACCCGCAACCCGCUCAAACGCCGUAUCUACGUUUCAAAUCUUGGGUCACGAGUGUAAGCGAAUUUGACGACUCGCGCGAUGUCUACCCACAGACUUUUCUCCACGAAGGUAUGCUCUGGACCGGCUUCACGUCUAAGCAACGAUGGCGUUUCGUGUCGGGCAUACAGUGGAGCGAUACGACAAAUCACGUGGCGGAUAUCUCAGUCAUACAUGAGGAGGGCGAAGGUGUUAAGGGGAAGGCAGAGCCGAGGGAGGCUCUGGCCAGGAAGAAAUUUAGAUCGUCGGAAGACACAAUGGCACCGACGACUGCCGCGGCCGCCGCGUCCACGAGCGACCCACCUCUCGGUGUUCCAACACCUCAAACGGAGCUUCCCCUCAGAAAUAGCUCCCUGAUAUCAUCAACUCCUACGUUUCCAAAUGAUAGCAAGGGACGCUCAUCUAACCCACCCACCUCCGGGGAAGCAUCCAACGAUACAUCGGGAAGUGGAGCAUCUGUAACAUUAGCAUCACCAGAGAGUGGCGUACCCGAUUGGACGGCCACAAAACCACGAGGGAGCUUGACCGAACACAUGGUCUUUGCGCGAAACGUUAAUUGGAGUGCCACACCCCUAGGGUCCAUGAAGACCUGGUCCGUUGAAUUUCGGGAAGUUGCAAACCUUGUUAUGAGGAAUCCUCACCCGGCUGCUCUAUUCUGGGGUGAAGAGCUGACUAUGCUCUAUAACGAAGCAUACAAGAACGAGGUCGCCGGGAACAAACACCCAGAUCUUAUGGGUACCGGCUUUUCUGGUCCAUUUAGCGAACUAUGGGAUGGGGUGGGACCGAUCUUCCGGGAAUGUGCUCGAACGGGCAAAAGUGUUCGGAAAGAGAAUGACUACCUACCGAUCGAGAGGUACGGCUACCUUGAGGAGACGUUCUUCUCUUGGUCAUUCACGCCAGUAUAUGGUGGGACGAAGCGCAUCCUGGGCUUCUACAAUGCACCUUUCGAAACAACCUACCAAACAGUGAGCCAUAGAAGGAUGCAAACGCUGAGAGAGAUAAGCGAGAAACUGGCGGAAACACGAUCCACAAAGCACUUUUGGCAAUGCGUUUUGGACGGACUCCGAGGUAAUCCAUGGGAGGUGCCUUUCGCUAUUCUUUACUCAAUCACUGAUUCGGAUGACGCUGAUACAGUCUCACACUCAUCCGACAGCACUAUCUCCAUGAAAAGCUGCCUAUUAGAAGGCGCAAUUGGUAUCCCUGAAGGUCAUCCAGCUUCACCGCCAAAGCUUGAUCUGAAGCGUUCAAAAGAAGGAUUCAUCCCUGCAUUCCGUGAAGCUAUGCGAACCCGUGAACCUACUAUUCUUCACAGGCGAAAUGGUAGUCUACCUGAUGAGCUCACCGAAGGCAUAGAAUGGCGCGGCUACGGAGACCCAUGUAGGUCAGCAAUAAUCAUACCUGUCCGCCCAACCAACGGCGAGAACAUAUUCGCCUUCCUACUACUAGGCGUUAAUCCCAGGAGAGCGUAUGAUGAGGAAUACAGAGCCUUCGUCAACAUGCUCAACCGGCAGCUAGCAAACUCGUUAGCAUCGUUCUUGCUUUUUGAAGAGGAGGUUCGAAGAAACAGAAACGCAGCAGAGGUCGCAACGUUGCAGCGGGAACAGCUAAGCCAACAGCUCGAGGUACAAGCGAGUAGGAUGCGACGUAUGACUGAACUCUCGCCAUUAGGCAUGUACCUGUUCGGCUGCGAUGGCAUUCUACUGGAAGCGAACGAACGCUACUACGAAAUGACGAACCACGGAAGGGAUGACGACAGCCCCUUCGCCUUUCUAAAGCCAAUGUCCGAAGAGAGUCGCCGUAGGGGGGAGAUUAUGUGGAGGCAGAUGAUGGAGGAUAGCAAGCCCAGGCAAGAGGAGUUUCUUCUCACUGGCACGGACUUCGUACCUCGAGAUCUCGCUGGCGAGCCAAUCGAGUACUGGGUGCUUGCUACUUCCCAACCGGAAGUGGACGCCCACGGAAAAGUUAAAUCUAUCAUGGGUUCAAUUGCGGACAUAUCUCAUCUGAAAUGGGUCCAAGGACUCCAGGAGCAACGACUGAAGGAGGCAGAGGAAACCAAACGCCAGCAGAACGAGUUCAUCGAUAUAACGAGCCACGAAAUGAGAAAUCCACUGUCGGCUAUCCUAAUCUGUGCUGACGAUAUCCGAGAGUCGCUAUCGCAGCAUCUGUUCGGAAACUCCGACGCAAAAGUAGUCGAGGAAUGCAUCGAUGCCGCAAACAACAUCGCGCUCUGUGUCCAACACCAAAAGUCUAUUGUGGAUGAUAUUCUCACUGUUUCGAAGCUUGACUCGAAUCUGUUGCUUAUCACACCCAUCGCUGUACAGCCAUCCGCCAUCAUACAUCGCGCGAUGAACAUGUUCAAGCCAGAAGUCCAAUCGAAGGAUAUCGAGUUUAAUUUCUUGCCACAUGAAUCUUUGGGCCGACUACAAGUUGACUGGGUCUUUCUAGAUCCUUCUAGAUUGCUUCAAAUAAUCGUCAAUCUCAUCGGCAACGCCAUAAAAUUCACGGCUAAUCAAGAGAAGAGAUCUAUCUCAGUUCACCUCGGCGCCUCUGUGGAGCAACCUCAACCUUCUUUCCAGGGCUUUGAAUACAUACCGACUCGUAGCUCGAUCGUAGAUAUCGCCGCUGGCCAAGAUUGGGGCGACGGCGAGCGGCUGUACAUCCGUGUCAAGGUGGAAGACACUGGCGUCGGUCUAACAGCCGACGAAAAGCGUCUCUUGUUUCAACGAUUUGCACAGGCUUCGCCACGUACUCAUGCUACAUACGGGGGCAGCGGCCUGGGUCUGUUUAUUUCUCGCCAGCUCGCUGAGCUUCAUGGAGGUCAGGUUGGGGUGUCUUCCGAAGCCGGGGCUGGAAGCACAUUCGGUUUCUUCAUCCAAGGGAGGAGAGCUCCGGCUCCAAAGCGACCAGGUAUCCUGGGACCGGCGCCACUCAUAGGACCACAGGAGACAGCUGCGGCUCACGCUUCAGUAAGGUCAAACUCGAGUCCUGCAUCGAUCCCCUCUACAACACAAAGCGGAUCCCUAACGGACCACUCGGACCUAUCUAUCCUCAUAGUAGAGGACAACCUGGUGAACCAACGCGUUUUGUCCAAACAGCUUAAGAAAGCUGGAUGCACCGUCUACACGGCUGAUAACGGUCUUCUAGCACUGCAAGUUCUAGCAACGACCUCUUUUCACGAUCCAGCUGGCCGGCCACUGUCGCUGAUUCUCAUGGAUUUAGAGAUGCCGGAGAUGGAUGGGUUAACGGCUGUCGGGCAUAUACGAGAUAUGGAGGUUAAGGGCGUUGUGACAGGACAUGUGCCUGUCAUUGCCGUAACAGCGAAUGUGCGAGAUGAACAGACUCGGGCAGCGAUCGAAGGUGGGAUGGACGACGUCGUUGCAAAACCUUUCAGGGUUCCAGAAUUACUUGCGAAAAUUCGAUCGGUUUUAGCCAGGCUCGGUGGCGGGUGAUGGUCAAGGGUUGCACUGGCGUUUUGGUCGGCAAGCUCAUGCUUAUGUACUGGGGAUCUCUGCAUCCGCUUGAAUUCUUGAUGAGCAUUGCAGGGUGUCUUAUCUGAGCUGAAAUGAC